AAAAUUGAUCCAUCAUUCACACAGGAUAUAUCCAACUACCCCAACAAAACUAGUCAAGAAACACCAUUAAAUUCUAUCUAUAUAUCUUCUCCUUCUCCCCACUACUUGGAUAAUUUUCUCUCUCAGACAACUGUUCUUCUCUCUUUCUCUCUCUCUAAUCAUCUGGAUCUGAAUGACGAGAGUAUGACCACCAAAUGAACUCUCCUUCUCUUUGUGUUGGUUCUUCUGUUUUCAUCUCAUGUUCGAUUUCUUGGGUUUAGGGUUUUUUCGUUCUCGCUAAAAAUGGCAAAAUGCAGGCUUUUCAAACCCAUGCCUCUCUCUCUCUUGACACACACACUCACACGCUAUAUAUAGAAACCCUUUUUCUCUAAUUCUCAACUGUGCCCAAGAAACUGGCUUUUCAUUGCCAUUUUCAGCUGCUUUCUAGAUUCGGAUAAUUGGUGGGCGGGGUGGAGAGUAGUAUCUCUCUCUCUCUCUCUAUAUAUAUAUAUAUAUAUACACACACACACAUAUAUUGUGGGAAUUAAGUUGUAAAUUAAUUAAAAUGGAUAGGGAGAAAAUUCAGAUCAAGAAAAUCGACAACGCCACAGCUCGGCAGGUGACUUUCUCCAAGAGGCGAAGAGGGCUUUUCAAGAAAGCUGAAGAGCUCUCAGUUCUUUGCGAUGCUGAUGUUGCUCUCAUCAUCUUCUCCUCCACUGGCAAGCUCUUUGAGUACUCCAGCUCCAGCAUGAAGGAAAUUCUAGAAAGGCAUAAGUUGCACGCAAAGAACCUCGAUAAGAUGGAACAACCAUCUCUCGAACUGCAGCUAGUUGAGGAUAGCAACUGCUCCAGACUAAGUAAAGAAGUGGCUGAGAGAAGCCAUCAGCUCAGGCGCAUGAGAGGAGAGGAGCUUCAAGGUUUAAGCAUUGAGGAGUUGCAGCAGUUGGAGAGUUCUCUUGAAUCUGGAUUGAGCCGUGUUAUAGAGAAAAAGGGCGAAAAAAUCAUGAAAGAGAUCAACCAACUUCAGGAAAAGGGAACGCAACUCAUGGAAGGGAAUGCCAGACUCAGACAACGGGUGGUGGAUAUAUCGAACGGGCGAAGAAACAACGCAACGGCUGAUUCCGAGAACAUAGUCUAUGACGAAGGCCAAUCGUCGGAGUCUGUGAAUGCUUGCAACUCGAUCGGUCCUCCGCAGGACUACGAGAGCUCUGAUACAUCGCUUAAACUGGGGCUGCCUUACUCUGGCUAAUAAUUCCAAGAGGAGCUCAUUGUACAAGAAGGGGUGUCCAAUUUGGGAGAGGGUAAAAUUGGAAGAUGACCCUUUUUUACAUAGUACUUUAGUGAUGUUGUAUUUGGACAUGGUUAGCUUAGCUUGUUAAAAUGACACUUCUACCCCUGCUGGGCUCCGUGAUCUAACGGUAGAGAUGUUGCUAUUAAUUAUUAGGAACUUAAUUGUAUAAUGAUUUUUCGUUGCAGUUGAGGUCAAAUAUGUAUCCCUUAGCCACUAACUGUGUAUGAUUUUAAUAUGAGUUCUUCUAUUAAGUUCCGAA